AUGCCUCAGCUGCCCGAGUGCAUGCAAUCUCUUCCGGCAACCGAUCUCGACAACCUCGCUGGCCUUUCGGAAGAAGAGGCUGAAUCAUGGACUCUGGCUCGCGCGGCCGAGUACCGUCAACUUGCACUCACCCUCCACUCUUUCCACAACGCCGUCGUACCCAUCCACCGGAAGCUCCCCACCGAGAUGAUUUCCGAGAUCUUCGCCCACUGCUGGCAAGACGGCGACAGCCGCAGCAUCCGCCUCACGCACGUCUGCCGCCGAUGGCGCGCAAUUGCACACAAGACCCCGCGGUUCUGGGCAGCCGCCGUGGCAGCUCCCGGGACAAUGUUCAACUUCGAGGACUGGGAAGAGUGGACGACCGCAAAACGCGACGCACACGAGGCUUGGUUCAAGACGAUUCUCGCGGCGCUCACCGCCGGACGGCCCAUCCGGCGCGUGGUGGUGGACGGCCUACCCUCCCCAAUUUCUGCCGCCCUCCAACUUCACGUGCAACGCUUGGUGGAACUGAGAGUUACCCUCUCGAACAUUGACGAUCUGAGGUCGUUGAAGAAGCUUCUCUCGGGACAAGUGCCGAACCUCGAGACUCUCGGGGUUGACCACCCGGGAAGCCGUGACACCGUCCCCGAGAGGAACGCCCCCCUGCCUACGACCACGUACUGCGAUGCCCGCAGCUGA